UUUAAUUCAGCAUAUUAUGAAAAACAAAAUAGUGAAAAUCCCGUUAAAACUGAAGAACUAAGCUCAGGUACUUCCUUUCAUGAAAAUACUGAAAACAUAUCAAUGUCUGAAAAUGAUGACAUAGUUGAUUCUAAUUCUGAAGUUCUAUGUUCGACAUCUGAAAGUCCUCCAGUAGUAUUUAAUAAGUUUAUAAAGCCAAGUUCAACUGUUUUAUCUCAUUUCUUCAAGUACCACCCUUGUCAACCAAAAGAUCCCAGCCUCCCAUUCAAUUCAAAUAAGAUUUUUCUUCGAGAAAACGGAACAAAUAGUGGGGUAUCUGAUUGGAAACAUGUUCAUCAACGAAUCAAGGAGCAUGAGAGUAGCAUAGUUCAUUCACUCUCUUCCGAAUCUUAUUUCCUAAAAACUCAAAACAAAGAUAUAGAUUCACUAGGCUUAAGCUAUAGAGGUAAAAGAAAUAAAUAUGAUCCUAUCAUUUGCGAACACUUCAAUACUAUCAUCAAUAAAAGUGAAAAGAAACAAAAACAAAAUACGAGAGGCCGUGGAAGCUUUUUAACUUAUUUAUCCAAAAAUACGGUUCAAGUCGUUAUAAAUGAAAUAGCAUCAAACAUUAAACGUACAAUUGCUACCGAAGUCCAAAAUGCUUCAUUCUUUUCUGUUCUUAUUGAUACUACCCAAGAUGUUUCAGUAAUAGAUCAAUGUUCAAUAGUUAUUAGAUACGUUUUUCACGGUACAAUUAAUGAAAAAUUAAUUGCUGUAAAGUGUGUUCAUAAUUCAAGUGGUAAAAGUAUGGCUGAACUGCUAAAAGAGGAAUUGAUUUCUGUUGGCUUGGAUUUAACGAAAUGUAUAAGAAAUUCUACUGAUGGAGCGUCCAAUAUGCGAGGAGUAUAUAAUGGUUUCACUUCACAUUUAAGUAAAUUAUCGCCUGAACAAGUUCAUGUUUGGUGUCAUAGUCACGUUUUAAAUCUUGUUAUUUGCGAUACAACAAGAAAUCCUGUCCAAGUAACAUCAUUUUUUACUUUAUUAAAUAGUUGUGCGGUAUUUUUCAAAGAAUCAUAUUUGAGGAUGGAUAUUUGGAAUGAAGUUAGCAAGACAAAUUCAGAUAACAGUCGAAAUAAGCGUCUUCAAACCAUUGGGGAAACUAGAUGGUCAUCAAAACAGACUGCUGUUGAGAGAAUUUUCGGAACAUUUGGAGAUCCAAAAAGUUCUAUAUAUGUAGACUUGAUAAUUGCUUUCACUAAAGUUGUUCAAGGGGAAAAAUUUAAACCUGAUAUAAGAGCAAAAGCAAACAAUUAUUUAGAUUUACUAUUAAAGUAUGAGACUAUUUUGACAGCACACAUAUUUAUGAAUGUUUUUAGUAUAACGGGCCCACUAUCUAGAUAUCUACAAACCAGUGGAUUAGACCUUCUGAAAUGUCAACUAAUGGUAAAAUCUGCACUGAGUCAAAUAGUUAAGUACCAAAGAGAUAUGGAAAAUAUUAUAGCUAAAAGUGAUACAUUUGUCGAAUGGGUAAAUAAUCAACUAGAAUUGCAAGAUUUGGAUAAUGCAAUUUAUCUUCAAGAACAAUUCGAAAUCAAACGAUUAAAGAAAAGAAAACGAAUGACUGAUGAAUUAUUAAACGAUGACCCAAUUAAUGAUGCGAAACAAAAAUAUACUGUUGAAGUUCAUAAUCAGGUGAUGGAUAGAAUAGUUGAAAGUAUGAAUUCAAGAUUUGUAAACAAUAGUCCUUUAUACAUGGAUUUAUCACUUCUAUCCCCAGUCAACUUUAAUAGUUUUAAACAUGUCAGUGAUAAUUUGGAAGAAUUCUAUCAAAAAUUAAGAGAAGAAUUAGUAAGUUUUGGUAAUAAUUGGGAUAACUUAAAAAAAUCAGUUGAAGACGAAUAUGAUUUUGAAAAUUUCGAUUCAGAAGAUGAAUAUCAAGAAGCUGAAGAAACUGCCGGAUUAAAUAUGACCUGUAAAACAUGCAAAAAUUGUGCUUGUUGCUGUUUAAAGUUAUUAGUAACACAAGUAGCAUGUGAGAGGUCAUUUUCAACUCUAAAAUUCAUAAAAAAUCGAUUACGAAAUACUCUAACUAAUGAGCAUUUGGAAGCGUUUAUGUUGAUGUCCGUGGAAAAGCGAACAUUAGUAUCAUUAGAUGACGAUAUUAUAAUCGACAGAAUUGGGGAAACUAGUGAAGUUAUAAAAAAAGACCUAAUUAUGUAA